AUGGCUAAAAUAAAAAUAGUGAUAACACCAAAUGCUGCUGUGGAUGUGGAGACGCUGGAUUAUUCAGAUAUUGCUGGGGCUAUUCUGUGGUUUGCGGUGUGUUGCAGGAAGACUCCUUCCACUGAGGUGGACACGCAUAAUGAGAGAACUACGUUACCUGAGGGCCCCAAUCGUACCCUGCUGAUUCAUGGCCCUGUGGAAUUCAAAAGAGGCUGGAGAAGGCAGAAGCGACACCUCUUCCUCUUCAGUGAUUUGUUGCUUGUGUCUAAUUCCAAGUAUAGAAAGACCUUCAAAAUUAAAGACAAAAUACCACUGAACACCAUGUGGAUGACAGACUGUGAUGACACCAAUGCCAAGAGGUCCCUUGUUUUGGGCUGGCCCACUGUGAACUUCACAGCCACCUUUAGUUCUUCAGAACAAAAGGAACAAUGGCGCUCUUCCCUUCGAAGGUACAUCGAUCUAGCCAAAGAGAAAGACCACCCGAAGAGCAUUCCCCUGAAAAUCUUUACUGAGGACAUCGAGAACUGUGCCUGUCCUAUAAGUUUAACAGUAACAAAUUCAGAUACAACCAAUGACAUUAUCGACAAGUCACUACCAAUGCUCGGAAUAACUGGCUCUAAGAGUGAUUACCAGUUGCGGGUCAGUUCUGGCAAGAAAGAGGCCCCAUUCCCACUCAUUGGACAUGAACAUCCCUAUGGAAUAAAAAUGAGCCAUCUUCAAGCCACUGCACUCCUGCCACACCGCCUAAGGGGCUGCAUAUCUCCAUCCACUCUCCAGGAGCCCUUCUUACUGGAGGAGCCAUUCCCAGAGAUGGGAGGUCCGUUCGUCCUAAAGCCCAGGCGCCCACUGAGGAACCAGGAGCAGAAAAAUGCAGGCCAGAAGACAGGUGAAAAGAAAUGGCUUGUGGUGAACUGGGCCUUUCGGCGGAACCCCGGCACUUGCCAGGACAACGUGUGCAGGGCUCUACCAUCCCCCGAGCCAGGGAAGCUCUUUGGGGUUUCACUCAAAGAUGUUUGUCCCAAUGAUGACCUGCCCACUCCUCUCCGGGAUAUGCUUUUCUUUCUUAACCAAAAAGGGCCUCUGACAGAGGGCAUCUUCAGAAUAUCGGCCAGUGUCAGAGCAUGUGGAGCCCUCAAGCAGAAACUAAACUCAGGAGAGAAGGUGAAUUGGGAGGACGAGCCGGUUUUGGUAGUAGCGUCUGUCUUAAAGGAUUUUUUUAGAAACAUCCAGGAAAGUGUAUUUUCCUCUGGUCUGUAUUAUCAAUGGCUUACUGUUAUUGAUGAAGGGAAUGAGGAGGAGAAAAUAACUGGAAUCCAGAGGUAA